CCCAGACGCCGCCCAUCGCCUCUGUUCCCAACAGCCCUGCGCAUCCCCUACCUCGCCGGUAGCCUAUACCUGCUCUGUCCGGCCAUCGGCUCUCCGGAGAUCCCCAGCUCUCAACCGUUGGCAGCUCAGAAGUUUCAGAGAUUAAUAUGAAGCAUCACCAUGAUGAUAUGCCUACUUCUAGCAAAAUCAAAUUCGAAGUAAGUGAUGAAGAAGAAGAAGAAGAAUCUGCUUCUGAAGAUGAUGGGGAGACGGACAUACACGAGGUGCUUGCAAAUGUUACGUUUGAGGAGUUGCAGAAGGCACGUUCAGAUGGGUCACAUGUAGUUAAUCAGAAGCCUAAAUUAGCGAGAAAGGGUAAGCGAGAGAACAAAAAUAGACCAAUGGAGAUCAGUAGCAAAAAGCCAGUUGGUAGAUUUAGAGAAGUCAUUCAGGUUCCUAAAAAGGUUGUUCGUGACCCUCGUUUUGAAUCAUUAUGUGGAACACUAGAUGUAGAUGGGUUCAAGAAGAGAUACAACUUUCUAUACGAGAGUGCGCUUCCUGCUGAGAAAGAGCACUUGAAGAACCAGAUGAAGAAAACGAAGGACCCAGAAGUCAUUAGUGGGUUAAAAGAGCGAGUAGCAUGGGUUGAUAAGCAAUUGAAAUCGGCGUCCACAAAGGUUGUGGAUAAAGAGAUUCUCGUGAAGCACAAGAAGAAGGAAAGAGAAGCAGCAAAGCAAGGGAAACAACCUUAUUACUUGAAGAAAUCUGAAAUCCGAAAACAACAGCUUGUUGAGAAAUUCAAGGAGCUCAAGGAAUCGGGCAAGCUUGCAUCGUUCAUCGAGAAAAAGAGGAGGAAAAACGCAGCGAAAGACCAUAGGUUCAUGCCGUACCGACGGCCAAACGACAACGAAUAAGGAAGCUAGAAACUUGAUCUAAGUUGGUUUAGAAUUGAAUUGUUAAAUAGUGAAAGAUUUUGACAGUUGAUUUAUUUAUGUUUGAUUAGAACUCUUUUGGCAUAUUUUGACACAAGUCUAUGUACAUCUGAAUCUUAAUCAGGAUUCAUGCCCCAUCAAAUUCUAUCAUCUUUCUAUCUAUUUACAACGAUACUUAGGAGG